AUGCAAAUAAUUUACAAUCAUCUCACUCAACUUCAUAAUUAUGAUCAAGUGCUUCGAAAUCAAAUAGCGGCGGCACUAAUGGGACAAGGUCAACAUGGGCAAGGCCAAUAUGAACAAGGUCAACAAGGACAAGGCCAACAUGGUCAACGUGGACGUGCGCGAGGUCGUAGAGGUGGACGUGGUGGAUCUGUUCAAGGAAAUUGAAGUAAGGAGUAUUAAGAUAUUUUAUAUUAAU